AGGCUGGACACAAUAAGAACUUCAAAGACAUGACAAUUGAGCAAGUGAAAGGAAUGCUGGGAGCUAAGCCAGUGCCAGACAGCAUGAAGCUACCCCUACUUAAACAGCCAGUCACUGUAAAACUUCCUGAUAACUUUGAUGCUAGAGAGGCAUGGCCAAAUUGCCCCACAAUCAAGGAAAUCCGAGAUCAAGGUUCAUGCGGGUCUUGCUGGGCUUUUGGUGCAGUGGAGGCAAUGUCUGAUAGGUACUGCAUCCACUCAAAUGGAUCUGUUAACCACCACAUCUCAGCAGAGGACUUGACAACAUGCUGUAGUUCAUGUGGAAAUGGAUGCAAUGGAGGUUUUCCCCCUGAGGCCUGGAAUUAUUGGACAAAAAAGGGCCUGGUGACCGGCGGUAAUUACAACUCCAACCAAGGUUGUCAGCCAUAUGAAAUACCAUCAUGUGACCAUCACGUUGUUGGAAAGCUUCAGCCAUGCGGGGACACCCUACCAACACCAAAGUGCAAAAACACUUGCGAAGAUGGUUAUGAUGUGAAGUAUUUGGAUGAUAAGAAAUUUGGUGCCAAGGCCUAUGGUGUUUCUGGAGUACAGGAGAUUAUGCAAGAAAUCAUGACAAAUGGACCAGUGGAAGCUGACUUUACAGUUUAUGCAGAUUUCCCAACCUACAAAUCAGGUGUAUAUAAACAUGAGUCUGGAGAACUGUUGGGUGGCCAUGCUAUCAGGAUUCUGGGCUGGGGUGUAGAAGGUGGUGUCAACUAUUGGCUGGUUGCCAACUCUUGGAACCCUGACUGGGGUGAUAACGGCUUCUUCAAAAUUGUACGCGGCACUAAUGAGUGUGGGAUUGAGCAAGAUAUCAAUGCAGGGUUACCCAAACUGAAAUAGUAUGGCUUUUUCAAGAUCAUCAGAGGGCGUAAUGAGUGUGGAAUUGAAGGAGACAUUAAUGCAGGGAUCCCAAAAUUUUAAUCACCCACCAGAACUUAAGAACCAUCUAGCAACAGGCAGAUACUUAAAAAUGAAAAAAAAAUGUGUAUAUUAUAUAGAUUUUGUAGAGGAAGGUUUUGAAAUAUUUCACUCCACAAAUUGACCAGGCGGCCAUUUCAUUCUAUGUUUCACUUUUAGAAUUUAUACUAUUUUUAAUUAUGCUCAGUGCACAUGCUAUUGGUUUAGGUUAUUAAAUCAAAAAUGUGUAAUAAUAAGCUAAGACCUGUACUGUAAUGUAAAUUCGUUGAAUUGACUUUGAAUUGAAUUGAAAUGCAAUACAGUAUGUCAAAGAUUGUCUGACCAACCGAAUAGUCUAGAUAUUUUAUGUGAAAGCAUUUAUUUAUAAGUGUGACAUUGGUAUUAAUGCCUUAAUUUUUGUAAAACUAUAUUGACAUCUGAAGUUACUUCAAAUAAAUUCCAGUGAUUUAUAAUAGAA